UAUUCGAUUUAGUACUAACAAACCCAAGGAAUAACGUGUUAGAAACUCGCGCCUAGUUUGGUCUCUGCUUUAUUCCUUGUUCGCUUAAGAUCUAACGUACCACUGAGUCUGAAGUCUGUCCAAAGCUAUUGAAGAAAGACCAAUACCUUCAUCAUUGUUUCACGAGACGGUGAACCCAAAAAUGCCGAAUACGUAUCUGAAAGUACGAAAGAAAACUCUAGCCAAAUUGUUCAGGAGAAUGGUUUUUCUUGCACUAAUGGUUGCUGGUAUGACCAUGCCAAUUUCAGCACAAGAUGGGCAUUGCUUCCGCCCUAAUGAUACACUCGGACCUUUGGAGCUGAACCCUCCAGGCUGUCAGCAGCAUGUUCAAGAAACGCUUCAGUACUGGCAUAGGAUGAAAUGUGGCAAUGAGACACCUACAUCUAUUGACAAAAUCUGUUGUAGCUCUUGGUGUGAGCAGUUGACUUCUUGUUUCAGUCAGGAGCGUUCUUGGAAAGAAGACUGUGUUAGAAUGUGGAGGUGCAGGAAAAAUGAAAAACCU